AUGGUGCAGUCUUACACAGAUGCAUGCGGAAUCAACAUGAGCAACAUGGAGGAUGAUGUUGAGGGACUAUUUCUGCAGGCUGUGAAGAUAAGUUACACAGUUGGCCACAGUCUGUCUCUCCUGUUCCUCAGUGUGGCACUGAUCAUUCUGUGUCUCUUCAGAAAGCUCCACUGUACCAGAAACUAUAUCCACAUGAACCUGUUUGUCUCCUUUAUUGUGAGAGCCAUUGCAGUGUUUGUUAAGGAUGUGGUACUCUUUGGCACCGACUUGAACCAGUGCACCCUAUCCACGCCAUCGUGCAAAGCUGCAAUUGUCUUCUUCCAGUUCAGUAUCACAGCAAACUUCUUCUGGCUGUUGGCAGAAGGCAUGUACCUAUACACACUCAUUGUGGUCUUCUUCAAUGAAAGGGAGUAUUUCUGGUGGUACAUCGUGAUGGCCUGGGGUGCUCCACUGCUGAUCACUAUCAGUUGGACACUUGCCAUGCUACAUUAUGACAAUAUUGGGUGCUGGGAUUCAAUUGAUUCUCCAUAUUUUUGGAUUAUUAAGGCUCCGGUUUCUCUGACAAUUUUGGUGAACUUCAUCCUAUUCAUAUCUAUCAUUCAGAUCCUUAUCCAGAAAGUGUACUCAUCGGACAACAGGGGAAGCGAAUACAGGCAAUAUCUGAGACUAGCGAAGUCCACUUUACUGCUCAUCCCAUUGUUUGGGGUAAACUACAUUAUCUUUGUCUUUGUCCCUGACCAUCUGAAUGUCUACUUCCGACUGGUGUUUGACCUUGUUCUGGGAUCCUUCCAGGGUUUCAUUGUUGCAGUCCUCUACUGUUUUUUGAAUGGAGAGGUACAAAUGGAACUAGGCAGAAAGUGGCGGCGAUCGUGCACUCAGUGGUACCUCUCAGCUGAUUCAAGGUACUGUCCCCCUUCCAUGGAGAGUCACACCACAAAAGAAGGCACGCAGCUCUCCAUGGUGUCCUGUUACAACUCCCAAAUCCAAGCUGUCAAUACUGACCAAGCUGACUCAACCAUUGCCUGA